GUGAGUAGAGAGACUGGGAGGAGGCAGGCUGCGCUCAUCAAAGGACCUCUCAGACUCUACAAGUUAAUGACGGAUGUAGCAGAGACCCUGAAGCCCUCAGACCCCGACAGCUACACGCAGACAGACGGACAGCCAGAAAGACAGACUGAUAUACAGCGAGAAAAAAACAACUGAGUUUGAAAUGACGUGGCGUGAGGAGCUACGUAGUAAGCAGUUCUGGCGCGCCAUUCUUGCAGAGCUGCUUGGCACCCUGGUUUUAGUGAGCGCCGUGCUGGGUGCAUCUGUGCCAGGCCCUGGAGAGGCCCCCACGGGACCCCUGUACCCAGCAGUGGCAGUGGGUGUGACGAUUGUCGCACUGGGACACUGUUUUGGAGAAAUAAGCGGGGCACAGGUGAACCCUGCAGUGACUCUGGCUCUGUUGGCCACUCGGAAGCUGGAAGUGGUCAGAGCUGUUGUUUACAUGGCUGCACAGUGUUUGGGGGCCUCUUUAGGAGCUGGGGCCCUCUACUUGGCCCUGCCAGUCAAAACCACUGCAGACCACUUUGUCAACAGGGUUCCUAUAGAGUUAAAUGCAGCCCAGGCUCUGGGCAUGGAGGUUUUGUGCACCUUCCAGAUGGUCUUCACUGUGUUCUCAGUAGAGGAUCAGCGGCGGAGGGAAAGCCCAGAACCAGGAAACCUGGCCAUUGGAUUAGCACACACUGCUGGAGUGCUAAUAGGGGGGCGGUUCUCUGGUGCUAGUAUGAAUCCCGCACGUUCUCUGGGUCCAGCCAUCAUCACUGGAUUCUGGGAAAACCACUGGGUUUAUUUGAUCGGACCAGUGAUCGGUGCUAUACUGGCUGGAGUGUCCCAUGAGUUCUUCUUUGCACAAAGCGCCUCUCGCCAGAAGCUGGUGGCUUGUCUGACCUGUAAGGACAUAGAGAUUGUGGAGACGACCAGCAUGACGGGAUCAUCUCUGUCCACAGUCACACCAAACGCCAUGAGAGCCAAGCAGGCCAACAAACAAGAAAACAACUGAGAACACAUGCAUAAACAAACACAUAGAAACACAAUAUUACAGUGAUUUUUAUGAAGAUGCAUAGUGUAUCAGUCGUGCAGAUCUGGCUUGACGGCGGGAUUUAACCUACUUUCAUUAUUACUGUUUCAGGUUCUGAAGCACUUUAUGAAUGAAAUGAAGAAGUAUUAAAAUUCCUUACUUAUAGCAACACCUCAAGAGAUAAAUUGAACAAUUGUUUAUUAAUUAUAAGAUUGAUUAUAAGUUUCAUCCCCAGAUCUUUCUUUUAAAGUGUCCUUGUGCAAGACACUGAACCCUGAAAUGUGUCCCACAAUGAUAAAUCCAACGUUUAUUAACUCAAUUAAUAACUUUUUUCUAUAACCUUUCAGAAAUGUUUAAGGAAAUGAUGAAAUAUAAAUGAAAAUGAUGAAAUGGCCAUUAUAAUUUCCCAAAGCCUAAGGUAUUCAAAUGUGUUGUUUUGUCUGACCAACAAUCUAAAACUAAAAACUUAAAGCUAUAUUGUGUAAGGAUUUCUCCCAUCUAGCGGUGAAAUUGUAUAUGACAACCAACUGAAUAUUACUUUCUAGCCCUUCCUCCUACGGCGGCUGAACCCAAAAUUAGCUCUCUCCAUCGUUUACACGCAGCUGUUCCAGCCACUCCAAUAUUAACUUUGGUCUUGUUGCUUUGCCUGUCGCGUUGUUGUUUUAAUUGUCUUUUUCGCUUCCCUGGCGAGUAAUCUCCCCCUUGCAUUCGUCACGGUGCCAAUAGGUGUACGAGGGUGAAAUGCGGAGGUGUGUCCCUCUUUGGCUAAUGUAUUUUAAAGAUGGAGGCUACAUGACUACCGUCAUUCGGGCGAGUCGCUUGUAUGUAUUCUGAAUGAUUCUGAAUGUCAGUUUCUACACUUACGAGAAUACUUUGAUUAGUUGGUGGUAGUAAUUACACAUGAAUGAGCACAUAUUUGU